GACCAAGGUGCUCGCAGUCCAAGCAGUUCUCCCCCUCCACCCCUAACUCACACAACUCGACCUCGUUAGAUCCCCAGGAAAGAACCGCGGUAGUACUUCUUCUUCAGCCUUUAUGUCCGUACGCUCGACUCCAUUGUCCCAUUCUUCUGCACUCUCUAGGGAGAGAAAAGGGCACCGCGUCUAGCUAGAAGGUGAAUUCGACGCCUUUUACAACCCCAAUCCAGACCGCAUAGUAUGGCUCUUAGGAGGAAUCCGGGGCACGGCAUCCAUCGCGUCGCAUCUUGCGAGGCCGGUAGCCGAAGUAUAGCAGGCUCCAAACUGUUUUAGAAGCUAGCGCAGCCAUUCGACCGUGCAUAGACGCAUCUUACGCCCCCUCAAACCCCAUCCAAAUACACUCCUUCAAAGCGAGUUCUCCUUUCCAGCUAAUCACCAAUAGAGCUAACUACGCGAUCGACUACGUGGUCGCUUACUCCGUCACCGUCGCAGCGCAGACAUGCCUCCCGGCAGCGGUGGUGCCGUCAGCGUGGGCGCGUGGCCCGCUAUCACCCUAUCCGCACCCAUCCCAACCCCAUCCGAACCUGCCCACGCGCCUACCACCAGCAAUUCUUCCGCUUCAACCACUUCCCCGCAUCUCCCCCACGAGCCUUUCCCCCAUUCUUUCGCUCUCCACUCAGCUUCCUCCCCCGCCUACUCGUUCCGCGUGUUCCCCGCGAUCACGGCACGCCCCGACCGCGAUGUCAACGCGGCGUACGAGUUCGUGUCGCAGAUCGGCGAGGGGCGGCACGGCACCGUGUGGCUGGUGGAGGACCGCGCGUCGGGAGAGACGUACGCGUGCAAGAAGAUCGGCAAGUGCGGGCUCGAGUCCGCGUGGGACCGCGACGAGGUGCGGCGCGAGGUGGCGGUGAUGCGCACGCUGGCGGGGCGGCACGGCGGCGUGGUGCGGCUCCAAGAGGUAUUGGAGGAUAACGAGGCGGUGUACUUAAUUAUGGAGCACUGCGAGGGCGGCGAGCUGUUCGACAAGAUCGUGGGCGAUGGGCGGCUGCACCCGCUGGAGGCGGCGCACCUUUUCCGCCAGCUGGCGUCCGCCGUGCAGUUCUGCCACGCGCAGGGCGUGCUGCACCGCGACCUCAAGCCCGAAAACAUCCUGCUCACGCGAGGACAGCAGUUGCAGCAGCAGGAAAUGAAUCCCAGCUCGAAAGACCAGGCGCAACGGACGCCCCGGUGGCAGCAGUUGAAGCAGCAGCAGGAGGAGGAGGAUGGGGAAGAGAAGGAGGCGGAGCAGGCUCGGAAGGAUAGCAACUCGACCGUUGAGGGAGGAGAGGAGGCGAUGCCGCUGACGGCGCAGCAAUUCAACAUCGAACGGCCCGCAGAUAACGCUAAUGCGACGAUUACCGGUAAGAAGGCGUCAGUGCUGACUGCUCCUGCUCCUGGCAGCCAGAAUAGAGCCGGCGAGUCGCAGAACUUCCGCCGGCCAGUGCAACAAGCCGGCGCACCCGGUGGCGGAGUGGCCGCCGCCGCCAAAUCCGCCGCCAAAUCCGCCGCAGCUGUCGGCGGGGCCACGACCCGCGCGGUGGGGAAGGCGCUCACGGGGCUGGGCGCGCGGAGCUCGAGUCAGCGCGCGAUGCUGCAGUGGCACGUGCGGCUCGCGGACUUCGGAUUCGCCGUGUUUCUCGCUCCCGGGGAGAAGACGUCCGACGUGGCGGGCAGCCGGCUGUACGAGGCGCCCGAGUUGAUUCGAUUCGAGCCGUUCGACUUUAAAGCCGACAUCUGGUCGCUGGGGGUGGUGCUGUACGCGAUGCUGUCCGGCUGCCUGCCGUUCCGUGGCCGCGACGACGACGAGCUGGGCCGUCGGAUCGUGGAGGGGCGCCUCAAUCUGACGUCCAAGCCGUGGCCGUCCGUGCCGGGCGACGCCAAGCGACUGGUCGCGCGAAUGCUGCAGGUGGAGGCGGCGCGGCGGCCGUCGGCGGAGGAGGUGCUGAACGACGCGUGGGUGGUGCGCCACUUCGGCGUGGCGGCGCCCGCCAGGCGACUCGGGCCCAUCCCACCGCCCUCGCUGCUGCUGGAACUCGAGGAGCAGCCCCCAUGCGGCUCCACCGCCACUGCCUCCGCUGCCCCUGCGGCGGCGGCUGCGGCGGCUGCUGCGGUUGCUGCUGUGGCGAUAAGCGCGGGCGAGACGUGCAGGAAACUGAUUGGCUCAGCUAAAGUCGAUGCGGAGGAUCGCGGCGAGGAGGUGGAAUCAUCAGCAGCAUCUCUCCCCGCGGCUGCCGUUCCUCAUGCGGCCUUCCCACCGCGCCAGCCCCGCCUGGCACCUCCUGCGCAGCAUGCCGUGCCGCCCCACCUCGGCCCCUCUUCCACCUCUCCCCCUGCUGGUGCUGGCAAGACGCUGUUCUAUGCGCACGCCAUCCAAGCCACCAAUGCCCAUGCUGCUGCUGCUGCGACUUAUUCUGCUGCUGCUGCUGAUGCCGCGAUGCUAUUCAGUACUGCGGGGUCACAUGUUGUCGGUGGUACCUUGGUGACUGUGGCCGGUGCAGUAACGGCGCAAGCAGUGACUCCAGAGAAGGACGCAGCAGCCACGGGGGGCACUAACAAGAGCACGGGCAAAGUCAGAGAGACAAGUAUGACGGAAGCAGGCGGCUCAGAAGCACGGGAGCUCGAGCUGCAGCAAGCGGAAGCGGCGAGUGGGGAGGUGCGGCAGGGUGCCACUUGCUGUCUCGUUUCCCCUGCUCGUGCGCCGCCUGAGCUCUGGGCUGUUGCGCCGGCUCACGAAGCAGCGGCAGCACCACCACCAUCCACAGCAGCAGCAGCAGCAGCAGCAGCAGUUAUGCCUGUAGAACGAACAGCCGGAGAAGCAUCAGCGGUUGCAGCUCUCGUGCCAAGUAACGCCGCCCCUUCUCCGUGCCACGCGACGGCCAACAGUCAACCGCGGACCUCCCCACGCCCUUCCGCCUCCGCGCCUCUGCAUCCUGCUCCUCCUGCCACUGCUGCUGCUGCUUCUACUGCGGCUGCUGCUUCAGUUUCUGGUUCUGAAGUCGGAGCGGCACACCCGGUUCUUGCCAGUGACACGGCAAUAGCCGCAAUAGCACCUCAUAGCGAGCAUUCUCCUCUCAGUAGCACUCCUGGUGCUAGAACCUUGGAAGCAGCCCCUCACGUUGCUGCUCUCACCUCUGCUGGCACCUCUCCCGCCGCCCUUGCUUGCCCGUGGGAGCCAGCUCAGAGCAGCAGUAGCUGCGUGGAAGCGGUGGGAUGCGGGCCCAUCCUGGUAGAUGAAACAACGGAAGCGGUUGUAUUCUUGGCUCAGGCAGCUACUGCGGAUUGUAUGGGGGAGGGGAUAGAGGGCGACGAGGAGGAGGCGGGAGCACCGCAAGCAGCAGCCGCAGCAGCAGAAGUAUUACCGCUGAUUGCAGUGGCAACGGCUAGCGAGAGCAGUGCGAGCAAGGGGAGGAGUGAAGAGGCACUGCCUCCCAGUCGCAUCCCACGAGCCCCGGGCCUGCCAUCGGUCACCCUAUCGCCCCGGCACCGCAGCGACCGAGACAGCAGCAGUGGCGGCAGCAAGAGUAGCAAUGGCUGCAGCCUGGAAGCACGGGCUGGUGUGCGCUCGGAGUCUGUGCUGGGCGCCCCUCUGGUGCAUGGGCUCAGCAGCACGGGUGGUGACGCUUCUGCUGCCACGCCGUGCAAGCGGCAACGGGUCUUGGGUCAACGCGGUGCACCCACGCCGACAGCAGGAGCAGCGGGAGCAACAGGAAUGGCCGAAGCAGCAGGAACAGCAGCUGCGGCUGCAGGGAGAAAACUUGGGGCACAAGCGAAGGUGGCAGGAGGGCGGACAGCAGGGAGUGCGAAGGGGAAGAGAAGCGCCGCUGCUGCUGUUCCUGACGCUGCCGUUGCUGCUGCUGUGGCCCGAGCCAAGAAACGAGCAGAGGCAGCCAUUGCUGCUAGGGAGAAAGCCACGUGUGAGUCUGCCAAAGGGAUGAUGAGCAAGAGCAGCAGCAGGAGCAGGGGCGGUGGCAGGGGCAGCAGCAUUCACAGCAACACGCAGAGGCAAAGAGAGAGCAGCAUGUGCGCUAGAAAGCCACCGAUUUCUUCAUGGUUGGUCGAGAAGAGGCCAAACCCGCGAAAGGGUAAGGGGUCUCCGUGCCACUCUAGCGCUACCUCUACCACCAGCAGCACCACGACUGCCACCACCGCUACAACCGCCAUCACAGGACGGCCAAGGACCACCUCGUCCGCUACAACCUCCGCCUGCUCGUCGUCCUCCUGGUACUCCUCCUCCCCCUCCUCCUCCCCCUGCUCCUCGCCCUCCCUCACCCCGCCCCCCCUCCCAGCAGCAGUAGUGCCGGCGCUUUGGCCGUCCGUCCCUGCCCCCUCGGCAGCGACAAGCAGAGGCACAGCAGCAGCAGGAGCGGCAGGAAGGGGGGCGGGGCGGAAGCCAGGCAGUGCGGGGACGGGUGGUCCUGGGGGGAAGGGGGGUGGUGGGUUGCCUCCCCUCCAUGGCUCGCCUGCUCCCUCCUCCAUGGCUUCAGGCAGUGUGACUGGGAGGAACAGAGGGGCCCCUGCUGCCGCUGCUGCUGCCGCUGCUGCCGCCGCUGCUGCCGCCGCUGCUGCUGCUGCUGCAAGGGAUGGCAGGAGAGCAGGGGGCGGAGGUGCGAGUACGGCAGGAGGGGCGAGGAGGGGUGGUGGUGUGGGUGCGGUGGAGGGGCAAGGAAGAGGGCCUGUGGCACAAGCAGAAAGGACGCCGAGGCAGGGAGCAGCGCUGGCCAGUGGCUCUGCUGCUCCUGUUGCUGGCCCGGCUGCUCUGUGUGAUACGAGGAUGGCGCUGCAGCAGGCACAGACAGGCAGGGCCGUAGGAGGCAGUUGUGGGCGGAAACGAUGGGAAGUGAGAGAUCAUGGUGGAGAUGUGCGGUAUGUGGUGGUGGGUGGUAGGGGCGGUGAGAGCCGUAGUAACAUGAGCACGAGCAGCAGCAGCAGGAGCAGCAUAAGCAGCGGCAGCAGCCAGGGCGUGCGAGCGCCGCUGAGCGUGCAAAAGGCGGUGUCAAGGUCGAUGAUGGAGGCAGAGGAGGAAGACGAGGGGAGUGGCGUGGAGGAAGGGGAGGAGGGCGAGGAGUGCGAGAGUGAGGGUGAUGAUGAGUAUGUAAGCGAUGGCGAGGAGGAUGAUGAGUCAAGUGAUGGCGAGUAUGUAAGCUAUGGUGAGGAGGAGGAUGAAGAGGAGGGGGAGGAUGACGGCGGCGACAAUGAGGAGAAAGAGGAGGAGGAGGAGAGUGAGGAAGAGUCAGAGACAUUGGAGGAGGAUGGAUUUGAGGAAGCUGAGGAAUCAAGCCUGGUUGGUGCCGAGGAGGAGGAAGAGGAGGAGGAGGAGAGCAAGGAGGAGGAGAAAAGCGAGGAGGGAGAAGAGGAGAGUGAGGAGCAGGAGAGCGAAGUGCUGGCAAACAGCCAGGAAGAGAGUGAAGUGGUGGAGGACGCAGAGGACGAGACAGAGGAAGGGGAGGAGAGUCAGGAAUGUGGGAGCGAGAGAGAGUGGGAGGAGACCGCAACAGUGGAUGCCACGAUAGGCAACUCAUCCCACGUGCCAAGCGAGCUGGACGGCUCAGUGCUGGGAGCGCUGCCGAGCGCAAGCCAGGCUCAUAAGGAGGCAGUGGAGCAGGAGGAGAGAGUGAGGGAGGUGCAGGCGAUGCUGGACGAGAGGCAGCGCAGUGAGAAGCGGCGCAGCAGGCGGAUGAAAUCGGUGGCGCGGUCCAUGUGGAAGCACGAUAUGAUGGAGCUCAAGCGCAUGGAGGGGGUCGACGAGGAUGAUGCCGUGGUGGUCAUUUCUGAUGCUGAUGGCACUGGGAUGGAGAAUGGGAAUGGGAGUGGGGUGAGGGGUAAGGGGCAGAGAGGGGAGAGGAUGGGGCAGGUGUGCAGCUUGGAGGAAUGGAGCUGCAAGGGUGAAGUGGGCAGGAGCUGGAAGAAGCAAGGCAAGAAGAAGAGAUCAGUGUUCUCAAGACUCUUGUCGUGGUUUGGGUGUUUGUCACCACCACCUGUUGAUGUUCACCGGAGCUGCAGCCCUUGAACUCAAAUGUAGAAUGCCGGAUUUGUGUGAGUAGAUUUGUGCAUGUGGGCUGGUAGGAAUGGGAAAUCAAUGGAUAUAUAUGGUGGAGCAUUUAUGGAAUUAUCAACAUUCAAUAGGC